AUGGCAUCUUUCCUCAGGGGUCUCUUUUCGAGCAAGUCGACUACCGGUACUACCGGUACAUCAACCUCAACAUCAACAUCUGCAUCGUCACCACCACCACCCACCAACAACAGCCGGGUCCAGGGCCACGCCUACGACUCGGCCGUCGCAUUAGAUCCGCCCGUCCGCGGAUCCUUUCCGGUGGCCGGCAAUGGUCCCAACGUGCUCGACGACAUCCAGAAAACCCGGGCUCGAAGAGACUCGCGAAGAUACCCCCGGCAAUCCAUCGUGGUCGUCCCCACCCCCCGACCAGAGAUCCGAAGUGAGGGACCGCGAACGACAACGCACAAUGAUGGUCCUACCGCCGUCGACGGAGAGAAGAGGGCGAAAAGGAUGAGUUGGACGGGCGGAAUGGGCAGGGCACGCUUGGAGUCCGCGACAGGGUCACCGUCGAGUCUUCUCAGGCGCCGCAGCGACAGCAAAGGCACAAACAAGAACAAAAACUGCAGCAGCAGAAGCAGCAAACGGGCCAGCAGACCCGGCUUGUUCCGCGCGCCCUCCGAAGAGCCCCCUCCGGUGCCUCCCCUCCCGACUGCAAUGGCCAUUGAAAAUGCGGUGCAAGCAUACAAGCUGGAGAAGGGCAUCACGGAUGGCACGACACGGCACGACCGACAUGGCUCGCACACCACCCACCAGUCUUAUCUGGAUGUCCUGGAAGCACAUUCCUCUACUACGCGGAGGCAUCGGCCUUCUCGAGAGCAUUCUCAUCAGAGGACACGCGAUGGAGGAGCAGACCAGAACCAGAACCAGAACCAGAACCAGAACCAGAACCAGAACCAGAACCAGAACCAGAACCAGAACCGGAGCCGGAGCCGGAGCCGGAGCCGGAACCUCGACGGAUCCGGAUCUGAGACGGCUCCCCUUCGUCUGGGUGGCAGCUCUCCACCACCACCAGUACGACCAGCACGACAGCUCCAUCAUCCGCGGAAAGUCCCAACGCUCUCGGCCCCACCCAAGGACCGUGCCUCGUCGGGAUUAGGGCUCGGAAUCGGACCCGGACUUGGUCUGGGCCUGGGCCUGGGCUUGGAAUCCCAUCCACCGGGUCGCGAGGGCCCGAGUGACGACAUGAUGGCUCUCCGACCCCGCCACCACCACCAUCAACAGGGUGCUAGCAGGGGUAAACCCACUCGUUAUGCGUCAUCCGCAUCAUCAUUUCCACGUGUACCUCCACUUUCCCCUCCACUUUCGCCUCCACUUCCAUUGGCACUUCGACCUGUACUUCCCCUUUCUCCCCGCCUUCCACUCCCCCGUGCCCUCUCCCAUCCCCACACGACCGACCUCGUCGUCGACGACCACGCCGCCGCCGCCGCCGCCGCCGCCGACGACGACGACGUCAACAACCAUCUCAUCAUGCGUGAGUCGAUUCGCCGGCUCAUCAGGUCCAAGUCGUUGUCCUCUAAGGCUCGACACCGGGAUCGCAUGGCCAAGGAGCCCCCGCCUGCGGCUCCAGCCGUCCCGAGCGCCGAUGCACCUGCACCUGCACCGGUACCUGCAUCUACAUCUGCACCUACCCCAACCCCAACCCCGGCCCCGGCCCCGGCCCCGGGCCCGGCUGCCAAAGCCCAAGAUCCUCCUCCUCAACCACUCCCCCCCGCGACGCCCUCCGCGCCCGAGGUCAAUGGCAAGGCGACGACGAGUCCAGAAGACACCGCCGCGACCACCACUGCCACUACCACCAGCGGCCAUGGGCACACCAAGUCAAAGACUGGAUCUGUAAGCUAUUUCACCUCCCCCAGCAUCUGCAGACGUCCGUUAUCCCAGCGUUCGAUGGAGCAUGUACACUCUGCUGUGCGCUCGCGUCUACGCUCUUCCACAGCUACCAAAGCCAACAAGCGACAGGGAAUGGUCAUUGCGAACUCGAGCACCCCGGUCGACCUCGACGGCGUGGUAGACUUGACCAAUACGGUCGACCUGGAUGUCACUGAAACAAUGAUGCCGGCUGUCACCCACGAGCAUAUCACUCCCGUUCAGAAAAGCAUCCGAGAGGAACGCAUCUACCGCGAGAUCCAUACGCACGAAGUCCGCCAUCGCAUUCUCCCCGUCCUCGAUACCCAAUUCCUGCCCACCAAACAUUACAUCGUAAGUGCAGAUGGAAAGACUCUGCUCGAGAUUCCCGAGCCGGAAGUAUACAAACAUAAAGUCACAAAUGCCAUGAACGAUACCUGGUCGCUGUCCAAGAAGGCCCCGCCCUCCCGGCCCCGGGGCGCCUCUCUGGCUGCCACGCAGCCGCCCAACUACGUUGCCCUCGUUGCAGACGAAGCAGCCGACAGUCCAGUCCUGGGCCUUGCUCGCGGCGAGCCCGGCCGACCCCCGGCGAGUUCGAAGGCCGCCAAGUUACGAACAGUCAACAUGUCCACCGAGCCCAUCCUCACCAGCAAGAAAGAGUAUGUGACGGCGGAAGGGAUUCCCCGCACGGAGUACGUUUGGCACCAUCCGCCCGUCUAUAAGGAUGCCAUUGGCCGCGAGCAGCCGGUGUAUGCUGGCGCCGGACUCGGGGACGUCACCUCCCCCCACAACCGUUACCACGACGCCCCGGGCACCACGUUCAAGCCUCAGGACGGCGAGGAUAUGCUUUUCCGGGAAGGAGGAUAUUGGUCCAAGGGUGCGCUGCCUGGUCUUCCGGAGAGGGCAACUACGUAUAAGGAUGGUGUGAGCCGGUAUGGGCAGGUAGACGAGUUGACGGAUGGUGUUAAUGGGCUGCAGAUGUGA